GCAUGAAGGCCAGAAGGAACGAACGAGCCGGCUACGGCGGCUAGUCGACGACCAUUGCUCAACAACUGGACCCGCGCGCAGAUGACGGACGCCGGUGGCCUCGUGCUGCGGUACUUUGACAUCCCUGGCCGCGCCGAGAUCACGCGGCUCCUCUUUACCAUCGGCGACGUGCCUUUCCAAGACAAGCGCAUUCCCAAGGCGCUGUAUCCGCACCUUAAGCCCAAGCUGCGCCUGCCGUUUGGAUCGCUCCCGACGCUCGAAGUCCAGGGCGAGACGUAUGGCUGCAGCCUCGCGAUCGCGCGCUACGCCGCCAAGCGCGUCGGCCUCUACCCGGACGACGCGCUAGAUGCCUUUCGCAUCGACCACUUCGCAGGCCUCGUCCACGACACGAUGGUCACGUUGCUCGUGGUGCUGUACAUGGACGGCUGCGCCGUACUGCGCGCGAAGCGGCUGCGGCGGGCGCGACGGCGGAUUCCGCAGCUGCUCGAGCACUUCGAGGCCGAAGCAGUGGGCGACGGCAGCUUCUUCUCGACCAUCUCCUGGCUCGAUGUCUACCUCUUCGACUUGAUCCACAACGUCCUUCUGCGCUUUUGCAACGUCCUGCGCAUUCCGUUUGACAAGUACACGAAGCUCCAAGCCAUCUACAAGACGAUUCUUUGCGAUCCCAAAAUCGCUGCUUAUUUAACGCGCACCGAGGGCCCGGGUAUGAUGGCCUUUCGCCCUCGCUGCACGACGACCCACUCGUAAUGCCAAC